AUGGGCAACGGAGCCCACCAGCGUGAUUUGCGCACCCAAUUGUUCAGCACACCGUCUCCUCACCAUUUCAAUGGGUUGCGACAGCAAAAUAGCCGUACACCUCCGUCUCGCACACCACUGAGAAACACACAUUCUGCAUCCCCAUAUGAUAAUACCACAACACAGACACGUGCUGGAGCAAGUGCUGCAGUAGCUGCGCAAAAUGAAUCCUUUUUGAACUCUUUGGAAUCACAAAACGACGAAGAAAUGGACUCCAUGGGCCAAAAGAUUCACAUGUUGAAGAAUUUGGGAGAAAGGAUGGGGAUUGAGAUCAACAAAUCGAUCAAACUAAAUGACGACAUUACCGAUGGCUUUGAACGCGGGAAAGUCUCGUUGAAGAAUACUUUCAACAAGAUGAUUGUUAUGAGCCAGAGAGCUGGAAUUACUUGGAAGAUGUGGUUGGUCGUGUUUGCCCUUGUUGGAUUAUUCUUCUUUUACGUUUGGCUCUUUUAA